ACUAUCCAUCCUGCACCAGCGCAGCACCAUUGCACCAGGUCACCCAUAAUUACUGUAUCUAUGUACCCCCAUAGAUACUAUAAAUUACUAGUAUAUCUAUGUACCACCAGUGCAGUACUAGACUAGUAACUAGUCAAUCUAGUAGAGCUCUAGAGUCCAGAGCUCUAGAGUCUAUACCUGGUAUUCCUUUUUCAGUCUACUACCAGACUGAAUAACCUAGUCCUUGCUUAGUAAAUGUAGCAUAAUUUUGAGCAUAAUUAGAAAACCAAAUACCUAGGCAUGUUUUUGGGUGAGAAUAAGAGCACCUUUACUGAUUAGAAUAUAAUUAUAAUAGGCAGGCUUUGGAAACACAGGUCAUGCAGUAUCGGAGUCAUGCAGUACGUAUAAACAUCUGUAGGCACUAGGUGUUCCGGGUAUUUUCUCAUAUUGAAAUAGUGGAUACCGUAAUAAUUAUCACCCAUGCAGUUGACAUACUAUAGCAAUAUCCAUUAACCUUAAUAGAGUAUUACGUGUGACCAUAAUGUUGAUAUUGGAUUCUGUGUAGAUUGGAUCGACACAUGCACUUGUGGUUGUACUAGGAACAGAUUGUAUGGAGAAAAAGCACUAGAUGAGCUUCUUACGCCAUAAUAAUUAUGCUGUGCUCAAUGGAACAUCUAGCAGUGUAUGGGUUUGUGGCAAACUAUUUCAUGGCCUCUGAUUCAAUCAAAGUGCUUGAUGAAUCCAUAUAAUUAUACCGAGUAAUCCAUUCCUGAAAUGUUGUGUGACAUUCCUUCAGGACUUGUGUACAUGCAGUCACUUAGCCACAAGUCUAGACUGAUAUAUGGAAAUAGGUAUAAAAGAAGAACAAGCUCCAGAAAGCACUGUAUAUAUAUAGAUCUAUGUAAUUAUGCAUCAGUGGUGCAUGAAAUAGUUGCUGGACCAAAUGGUUUUUGGAUCUACCCCUGGCAACAAGUAUAAGCUUAUCAGUGACUGUGUAGCUAUUGAAACUAAAUCCCUCCGAACUUUUGCAACUGCGAAGUAUGAUUAAGCUGUGCAUUAUUGCAACUAUUUGUGUUGCUUUUGCCUUUGGAAGACACAUACCCGGGGCCAAGUCAGACAAACCGUUGAGAAGGAAACUUGAUGACAUGUUGGUGCGAGACAUUAAUGCGGCUGCAAAUAUGCAAGACAUGGGAAAUACAAUGUCACAGAACACUGUAGAUAUGGCAUCAACUCAGCAGCAACAUGGUGAUGCAGAAAUUGAUCCUCAGAAAAUCUUUAAAAUGUUGCAGCAAUUUGAUGUGUUGUUGCAAAACUCAGAAACUGCUGAUCGUCCAGAGAAUGACCAUUCACCUGGACAAACUGAAAAGCAAAGUACUGGCUCUCAAGACCACAACUAUCCCAGUCCGCUUCCUAAUCAAAACUCCGAUAAUGAACCUCUAGAUCCAGAAGUACCUCGAAUUGAACAAUCCAAAGGGUGUAUCUCGACGUUUCUUAUAGCUGCUCAAUCUGGAAAUAAGGACUAUGCUGGUUUCUCAUCUAAAUACAUGGGUGGCCACACACAUCUCAUCUACCUCACGCUUGGAGACGGACGAGUAGUACCAGGCAACUUACCUAGUCCAGCACACAGAAAUACACCUUACAGGCAAAACCUAAACUUUCGAAGCACUUUUAUCAACGAAUGUGUUGUCCCUACUGAUAUUGUUCAAGUGAAACUUGUAGCCGGUGGUAAUGAUGGUUGGUAUAUAGCCUUGAUUUCCAUCUCCCUCCUAAAUGAUAACGGAGUCUUCUCUGAGCUUACAAACGAUUCUCGGUUCAGUAAAUGGUUGGACAAAAAUAAAGCUUUCAACUAUCCCUACGAUGCUACACAACAUAUACUGACACUAGUUCAUCCCGCUGCCCCUACUAUAGAUACACCUCUAUGUGGCUACGGUACUGCUAUAUGCGAGUGUAAGGAAUCUGCUUCUAAGUGUGUGCUUAGUCUUGAGGUUGACGAACUUAUGACUUUCACCAGCUAUCAAAAAUAUGGAGUUAGUCCAGAGGAUGGACUAUUUGUUCGUGGAAUGCAAGGAGUACUGUACAGCAUUGAUGAAGACUCGGGCUUACCUGUACCUCAGCCGACGAGUAGACUUUGUGGCGAUACGUGGAAUUCAAAAAACUGUACAGAACCUCUCUUUGUUGAUGGGAGCAUUUAUCGGGUGGUAUUUGGCGUGAAUGGUUUAAUUCCUGGACCGACUAUCGUUGUGCACGAAAAUCAAGAUGUAGUUAUCAAUGUGUACAAUAAUAUGUCUUCUGAAGGUAUUUCGAUUCACUGGCAUGGAAUGAAUCAGAGAAACUCACCGUGGAUGGAUGGAGUGGGUCAAAUAACUCAAUGUCAGAUAGGACCUUCCUCUAGCUACUCCUAUGAGUUCACUGCUAGCCCAUCAGGUUCCUUCUGGUACCAUUCUCACAGUGGAGCACAGCGCACACAGGCCGUGUAUGGUGCCUUUAUUGUUAGAGAGCGACCUGCCAAGCUAGCCAGAAUCAAGAGCCUGUUACUGAACUAUGAGGUUGGCGACUUUAGAGAUUUACCGGGACACUCAAUAUCCUUUCUUGAAUGGCAGCAUGAAAGUUCUCUAGAUAGCUUUCUUCAACUGAAUGCAGGUCCAAUAUUCUUUCCAAAGGCGGCUUCCAGCGCAUUUCUAGAUGAUUGUACAAAGCGAUAUCAACCUACAAGGAGUAUGGACCUGGCAGAAGUUGGAUCAGUUCCUUUUUACUCAGGCCUCCUAAACGGCCGAGGCAGACACAUAGAUGUUCCGUACAGUCAGACCAGACUCAGUGUUUUCACUGUCGAGAAAGGCAGUAGCUAUCGUUUCCGAUUGAUUGGCUCACAGGGACUUUUUUCUUUUAAGUUCUGGAUUGAUGGCCACAAGUUGACGGUUGUAGCUACUGACGGAUUUUGGAUCAUUCCAAAAAAAAAUGUGGACUUCAUCAUAGUUCAUUCAGGAGAACGAUACGAUUUCAUUCUCAAUGCCGAUCAAUCAACAAAGAACUAUUGGAUAAGAGCUGAGACUCUCGAAAUUAAUCCUAAAGGUGGUCCCCCUUAUCGAUCAUUGGGGAAUUCUGCUGAGGGAAUAUUGCAAUACAUAGAGCCAGGAAACGUGGCUGAUGUUAUUAGAUCCACAGAAUACGAAGAAAUCAAACUCAGUUCACCAGAAAUUCAGUGUUCUCAAGCAAAUAGUUGUAUUGCAGUGAAUUGUCCAUUUAAAAAUUUCCAUCCAUUGUACUACACAACCUGUAUCAACGUUGACCAACUACAACUUCUUGAAGAAACCAUUUUAAGCGAAUUACCUGAUGCUUAUCCUUCAAGUGAUUGCACUGACAACACCUGUUUGCACUUCUUCAACUUUAACUUUGAAGGUGAUUCCGAUUCGAGCUCUGUCAAUGGACGAAAUUUCAUUUUCCCACCCGUGCCUCCCAUGACACAGUUCUCAGAUUACCAAACCCAAGGUCUACGAUGUGAUCUCAAAGCUGAUUGCAAUCCAUAUGGUUUGGCCUGCAAAUGUACUCACGUCAUCUCAACUCCAUACAACAAGACUGUGCAAAUUGUACUCACAGCUAUGGGUGUGUACAGCAAUGCUCACCCUAUUCACCUGCACGGGCAUUCAUUCUUCGUUGUGAAAGUUGGAUACCCAGACUAUGAUCCCAAAACAGGUUUUGUUGCUACGGCACAAGGUCCAAUAUGCAACGGCAAUACUACACAAAUUUACCUUCAAAAUAAUGACAUCAAAUGUCGAGACUUGAGUUCUUGCGGGGGUAGUCAAUGCCCAGUUGGCGGUUGCAAACCGUAUCGAUGCACUAAACCAGGUUGGAGAAACGGUACCCCACCAAUAACUAUCAACAGACGUACAGUUCGAAAGGACACAGUAAUGGUUCCCGCUGGUGGCUACGUUGUGAUCAACAUCAUAUCCAACAACCCCGGAUACUGGCUCCUUCACUGCCACAUAGAGGUUCAUCAGCUACCGGGAAUGACUCUUGUUUUGAACGAGGCACCUGAGCAACAGCUACUUUUCGAUAUACCACAAGGUAUAAAUACUUGUGGCAACUACAAUGUUGAUAACACUAGAUUGCAAGCAAAUAAAGUACGUCGUAGAAGCUAAAAAUUUCUGCCAAAGUACACUAUACUGACUGCAUGUUGAGCGAGUUACAGCAUUAGAGAAUUUCAUACAUUAUUAACUGUGAUUUUUUAUGGCAUUAAUUAGUUGUAACAAAGUAAUAACCACUGUUUCCAAUCAAACUACAAUGUUGAUAACAUGCA